UUAUGCGCUGUUCUCUAGCGCUCGCGCUCUCUCUCUCUCGCUCUCGGUGGGGAAAUAGCCCGAAACAUGACAUGAUCCGCAAACAUUGCUGUUUAAAUUCGGUCCUAGAGGCGCUUUUUAGUUAGACUUGCGAAACUGUUCUUUCAUCGUGCUCAGGAUACCAUCGCGAAGGCUCGGAAUUUUCGGCAGGGACCGACCGAGCGCUUUCCGCUUCGGCGUCCGAUUCUCACGGUUGGCCGUUUAGUGUCAUUUUCAGCACUGACAAUUGCUCGGGUUCGAGUUGACCGUGCUGGUUCGGUUUCGCAGCUGGGAGGUAUGCGGUGGCAGAAACCGUAAUAUGUGAGGCGAACGGAGCUGUGUGUGUGUAUUUUUUAUUUUAUUUUUUUAAAGUGUGUGUAACGUUAUGUAUUACGUGUGAUACGCCCUAAGAGCCGCGCGAGCUCCUCUCAUCACCAUACACCUCCAGCACGCGCUUGCUGCCUUUAUCCCGGAUUACUUUAAUCGCGCUGUACAUUUCACUCAGAUAUGUUUCCUUUCUUUUCUCACCCAGUUCUUUUUUCCGUCCACACCUUCCCGUUCUCCAUAUCUGCAGUGUAGGAGGAAAAAUGAACAACAUCUAUUUGUGUACGGUUUUGCAUGGCAGGGUGUGAUGACCCAUGCACGACAGAGGAACUCUUUAUGUGGAUAUAAGAGUAAAUCUGCGGACCAGGUGAGCUGUCAGACAACUAUGGACAGAACUUGGCCAGAAAAGACGGCUAAAAGAUGUUCUACCCAAAGAGGAAAAGGUAAGGAAAUAAAAGGAAAAAAGACCACUGAGAGAGACCGGAAGCUGUACCCUCUCAGGGGACGACAUGGAUUGGGUGAAGUGAGUGCGCUUAACUGCUGUGUCCUAUUGACGCGCUUAGAUGAGAGCGAAACGUGCAGGAACGGCAUGAAGGCUCAAGUGAAGGAAAUGCAGGGGAAGGGGAAAAUCUGCAAGUGUCGCAGGAAAGCCUGUAAGACUUGCCGGUCAGCGCCUGAACCAAAAAGCAAAGUGAAACCUGAUAAGUCUGCCUUAUACACAGAAUUCAUCCUUGAACCUCGCCAAAGGCGGCUGGCCUCUCUGAAUGCAGAAGCUGUUAACAGUCUGCUGUUGGACAGAGAGGACCCCAAGCAGACAUCAAAACCCUCAAAGAAGCAGCAACAGACAAAAGCAGACAGUUCUCUCUCUAAAGACACAAAAGAUAAUGUUUGUUCCAGAAAAGGCCAAGACAACCGGAAACGCCCUUGCACCGGAGAGAAUGAACAAUGUCGAAACCCAAAAAAAGCAAAGAUGGAGUCUGACGCUAUUGAUCUACAGGCUUUAAACAGUCCUGCUCCCAAACGUGUGGCAGGUUUAAAUGCAGCUGCCCUGCUCAAGCUGACCAGCACGUCCUCGGGAGUGAAGCGCAGGGGUAAAACAGACGGCAAACCGAGCGGCGGAGCAGUGCGAGGGAAGCAGCUACAGUUGAAAUCACGUAAACAGCAGCACAACUUAGACUGUCAGUCCAAGUUAAAAGUAUCACAGCAAUGCUGCAGCCUCUGUGAGAAGCAAGCCCUUCACACUGAGGCAUUGUGGGAUGGGAGCACAGGAAGCCAUGGCUUUAUUAGUCCCGGAUAUCAGUGCAGAUCCAUGCUCGGCUAUCCCCUCAAGCCUGUGAAGGAAGAGAAAACAGAGACUGAUGUGAAAUCAUAUUACUGCUGUUCCCAGGAGAGAUCAGUGGAGUACUGCCAUAGACUAGCCCUGUUCCUCGGCCAGAAAACCUUCCCGGAAACUGAUGAGCAUUCUCUGAAGGGAUUUAUUCCUUCUCCUCACACCCUGACGCAUCCAGCAAUGCCCAUUGGUGCCCAUUCUUAUUCCUGUUACCCCGGGUACUACGUCCACAUCGCUCAUCACGGGACUCCGACACUUCCUGUAAGCUCAAAUCCAGGGAGCCACACACCCUCGUCCAUACCCCCGCUGACAAUGUGCACUAGCGGGGUCCAGAGACCCAAACUGCUGCCCUCUUCGGUGUCCCAUCCUACGGGGAUCCCUCAUCCAGCGUACUGUAACUCUGUGGGCACCUGUUAUGGAGAGGCCUGCAGGCUCAGCAGCUAUGCCUACAGACCCACGCAACCCAUCGCUAGCAGGAGCUGCUCAUACAAUGCAGGAUGCUCCAGCUGCAUGCACAAAAUAGAAACAGAAGACUACUCUUACCCUCUGGAUGACCACAGUUCGUCCAUCACAAUGCCUUCUGCCCUGCCACUGUCCAUCUGCCCCAUAUCCAGUGUGCCUCCACCCACCCAAUCAGUUCCCCACCUGAAGACGCCUCUUCCCGAUCCCGGUCGACCCCAGGUGCAGAUUAGAGUGGGACGCGAAUGCCCUCAGAGGGCCAAGCCACCCAGUGGCUCUCGUUCUGGGGUGCGGGACUCUGCUGUUUGCCCCCACAUUAAGGAUGGCCAGCUGGGAGCAGGCCAUGGCAGCAGCGCUGCCAAGCAGUCUAAGAUCAGCCAUCGCCGGGCAACAAACGGCUGGCUGCCUGUUGGCAUGGCAACAGAAAAGGAAGUAUUCAUCGUGGGUGAGGACUCCACAUCCCUUCGCAGGUGCUAUGAAGGAGUGCAGAGAGAUGGAGAGGUGAUCAGGGUCAGAGACACAGUGCUACUGCGUUCAGGUCCCAGGAAGAAGUCCUUGCCUUAUGUGGCCAAAAUCUCUGCCUUCUGGGAAGACCCUGAGUCAGGGGAGCUGAUGAUGAGCUUGUUUUGGUACUACCGCCCAGAACACACUCAGGGGGGUCGCAAUCCCAGCAUGCACUGUGAGAAUGAGAUUUUCGCAUCUCGGCAUCAGGAUGAAAACAGUGUGGCAUGUAUCGAGGAUAAGUGCUAUGUGUUGACAUUAGCACAAUACUGUAGAUUUUGUGCCUUGGUGAAGUGUCGUGAGGAGGGCUUUCCCAGACGUAGCUCCCUGGUCCCUCCUUCCAGCUAUGUAAUUCCAGCUCAUCGUUGCAUGCCCAACGACAUCGACCCCGACUUGGUGUUCGUCUGCCGCCACGUUUACGACUUCCGCUACGGCCGUCUGCUGAAAAACCUGCAGUAGGUCUGAAUGGAGCCAUACACUGAAACCAGAAUCCAAAACGUUGUGACACAAUCAAAGCCCUAUCAACUGAAUGGCCACAAGUCUUUAGGGAGGAGUUGUUAUUUUCUGUUUUCCCUUUAGGAUAAAUGCUCUCGGCGUAGCACUUCUGAAAAAGUGAAAAAAAGUUGCAACUGUUAUCCCUUGUGACUUUAUAGAAUGGCAUUCUGAGCACAACUACCUUGAGUUUUAAGGUACCAAUCGCCAAAAUGUGAUUUUUUUUCACUCCAUGAAUUUGAGUAUUUAUUUUUGCAGUUAUCUUUUAUAUUUGCUGAAUGAGUGUAAAAAGACGAAGAAAUUAAUGCAGGUACAUUAAGAAUGACCCUGAAUUAUGGAAUAGCGUUCUAAUAUUCUCUCUUUGGAAGUAACCGCACCCUUAUUAUUGAACCUGAUAAUCUGUAGAUUGAAGGGAAAAAAUAUUUAUUUUUAGAUAAAUUGAACACAAGCUCCAUGUUUUAGGAGGCACCAAUCAGUUUGAUCCACAAUCAAUGGCCAAUCGUUCAUUCAGUCAUCAUAACAGGGUGUGGGGGAUCACAUACUUAUCAUGGCGGACCAAAUAUCCCAGAAUGCAUUUGGUUAACUUAACAUUCUGUUGAUCGACCAAUGAGUAAUGAGCUUUCGUCUUCUCGUCGCCCAUCAUGACUUGCCUUAUAUCCAACACCGAGUUUCCCCGUUUUCUGCCUUCCCAGCAAACCAAAGGUUAUCACGCCACUCCUUAACAUCCACCUUCGCAACUCCAUUAGUUUGCACUAAAACUUAUCAUUCACUGAGUCAGCAGUCUGACUCGGUUCAAAAUGUCACCUGCUACUGAUCUCCAAUGCAGGAAAAUACUGUGUAUUUGUUGUACGUGUACAAAGAGAUACGAGAGAACUCGCUAACUGUCAGUUACAAAUGUGAAUGGACAAACUUUAUCUCGUGCGCACAGGCCUGCUUUCAACAUGUGCCCUUUGCUUCUCGUCUUACAUGGUAGUUUUCGCUAAUUACGAUAUGAGAAAGCUGUUUUGUAUGGUCUGUUUGUGCCUUUAAAUAGUUAAGUUUUCUAUGUGAAGAAAUACUGGUUGGUUAAUUUUUUUUCUUCUUCUUCUUUCUUCAAGCCUCUUCACGUUUUUGGCUUGCUUGUUUUGCACCACAUUGUUAUCAGUGCUAAAAAGCAUUGAUAGGAUUGUCUGAUCACACUAUGCUGACCUUC